CAGUCAGCAUUCCCGCUUAAAAUGUAGCGAUGGAAUAUAUAUAUUUUUUCGUUAACCCGAGCAGCGGGGGACAGAAGGCGGCUACUUUUUUUGAGCCGAAUGUGAACGAACUCCAUUUUACUAAGCCAGUUCCUUCUGUUGUAUAUAUAUAUUCAAUUACUGACGGUCCUAGUGGUCACAAGCCUGGUUUCGAGCAUCUUCGUGAUUGUAUAGCUGCUCGUACUGAAGAUGACCAUUUCAAAGUGGUUAUUUGUGGCGGUGACGGUAGUGUCAUGUGGAUGAUUGAAGAGAUGGAUGCUCAUGGAAUUGAUUGUAAUUCGGUUGUUUUUUCCAUUGUACCUUACGGUACUGGGAAUGACUUUGCCCGUGCUGUACACUGGGACAACUUUACUGGUUUGAAUCCAUUUGACAACAACAUGUUACGUCGUGUCAUUGAGCGUUUGUUCAAUUCCACUGAGGUACUUCACGACUUUUGGAAAGUGGUUUUAACCGUUGAGCCCGAGGGUUCCUUUAACAGGAUAAAUCAAAAGAGUCGUCAGAAGGAGACUGUAGUUGACGAAUCGGGUAGUGACGCCCUGCGUAUGGAGUUUGUUAUGGGUAACUACUUUAGCAUUGGCGUGGAUGCUCGUAUUGGUCGUGGCUUCGAUCGUCUUAGAUCUCAGUCCAGCUUGGUGAACAAGUUAAUUUACUUAUGGCAGGGCACGAAGAAUACCUUCAGGCGCAGCAUUCGUGUUGACAAGCAGAUUGAUAAGAUGUUAUCUGGUGAAUCUUACAGCAAGACGGUUUUUACAACUGAGAUGGGCAAUUUAUCUAACCCUGUUUUACCCCGUAGCAGUGCCCUCAUUGCUCUGAAUAUACCGAGUUACUCUGCUGGUAUUGACCCUUUUGCUAGGUCAUGUCGCGUUGGUUUGGAAAACUUAACCGACGCCGAGUGUUCUGAGUUGACACACUUUUCGCAGAAGAUGGGUGACCACCGUCUGGAAUUUUUGGCUUAUCGUAAAGUAUAUCACAUAGCUGCAGAUUUUUGCGGUACUUCACUUGCUCGCAGGGUCCAUGCAAGUGGCGGUCCUUGGAAGAUAGUUUUUAAAGAGCUACACCCUAGUGAGAAGGUAUACUUCCAGAUAGACGGGGAGUUUUACGUAAUGCUACAGCCCAAGGAUGUGGAGAUAUCCCAUUCGCGUACAAUUCGUAUAUUGAAGUGAGCCUUUAUACUCGGUCUGUGCAUUAACCGUGUGUUGUUAUGCAAAAUACUUAAAUGACACA